CCAUUCACGUGCAGCUACUGUUUCUAUAUGACUGAUCUCACUUAAACGAGUACUGUCUCUUUAAGAGUCACAGAGCGCACUCUGCCUUUUCCGUCUUUAGCCAGCCGGUGGUGUCAGUCAACAACCGUGGAGACUUCAAAUAAUACCGCAAAUCACUGAAUAGGUUAGCUUUAAAUUCAUAUGAAAUGCUCGAGUAGGACACUGCAGUCAUGAGGGUUGAAUGAUGAAUGUUGUACUGCUACAUUAACGUUAACGUUACCCCACAAAGUGAGUGCUUUUGGGUGCAGAGUCCGAGGGUGGUGGUAGUUGACUUUCGCUAAAUUUAGCUAUUGUGAGGCUAGCUAACACGCUACACUGAGGCUAAUGUUACUUGCUAGCAUCAUUUGUUCUUUAAGAACGGCGUUACAGGUUAGUCCCAUAUUACUGUCACUGCAAAUAUCUGUAAUAUAUAUAUAUUUACAUGCACACUGCAUGAGUAGUUUAUCCGAGGCAUAGACGAAACGAUCCGUUUGGUGCUGCGCUUUCUUCUUUGUUUACAAAUGUAGCUAUAGCAUAAUCUGCAGGUUGAUGCUAGCCAACGAGCUGUUGUUAGGUGACCAGUUCCCAUUUGUCUUCAAACAAUACAAAUCAGUCCGUGUAAUUUAAAGCUGCUGUUUUGUAGUUUCUGAGCUACACAGGAGCUCCCAAGUGUCACUCGUGGUUAGUAAGAAUAUCUUUUCCUCUCACUGCUCAAGGGCUCGGGGAAAACACAUCAGCUUGUCAUUGUGGUGGAAUAUCUUUCCUUCAUCUCCUGCCCAUUAAUAAGCAGAUUCCCUUUAAAGCAAAGCUGUCGGAAGUUGUUGGGCAGUUUUUCUGAUGGUCAGCCAUGGAUGAAGAUGACAGCCAAGAUGAGCUGAUCAACCGCAGCGCGUCCCAGAGCAAAGGAAAAAGGGCUGCGCCGUGGGCCAUCUCAGAUGACUCGGACAGUGGUGAAGAGGAGUCUGAGGAGGGAGAAUCUGACAGUGGUGAGGAAGAACAGGAGGGUCAUCUAGAUGGAGAGGAUGACGAUGACGAUGAGGAGGAGGAGGAGGAGGAGGAGAAUGAAGAGGAGGAUGAUGAGGAUGAGGAGGGAGAUGCUAAGGCUGAGGAUGGAGCUUUCGGACGAACCUCUAUUGAUCUUACAGGGAUGAGCUCGGAUGAGGACGCGGAAAAGUGUCCCAUCUGCCUGAACUCAUUCAGCAGCCAGCCUGUUGCAACGCCAGAGAGCUGCGAGCACUACUUCUGUCUUGACUGCAUCCUUGCAUGGGCCAAGAAUGCAAACUCGUGUCCCGUAGACCGUAUUGCCUUCAACAGCAUUUACCUAAGAAAAUGUUAUGGAGGCAAAGUGAAGAAAAUGAUCACAGUACAAAAGCCUGUGAAGGAGGGGCUCGAGGAAGUAAUAGAUCUGGACCUGGAGCAGACCAGCUGUGAGGUCUGUGGUGGCAGUGACCGGGAGGACCGUCUCUUGCUCUGCGAUGGCUGCGAUUCUGGGUAUCACAUGGAGUGUCUCACGCCACCUCUGGACUCUGUUCCAGUGGAGGAAUGGUUCUGCCCUGAGUGUGAAGCCAGCAAUCGUCACUCAAGGGGUUCAGCUGAAGAAGUGAGUAAUACAGAGAGCCUGCCGUCUACUGCCCGCCCACCGUCUACUGCCCGCCCUGCCACCAGUCGCCCCCAGUCCGGUGCUGCAGGUCCCACCAGAGCCAUCGCCCGAACUCAGCAGAGUGAGAGGGUUCGAGCUAAUGUCAACCGACAUCGCAUCACACAGGCACGCACGUCCCAGUUGGCUCCCACGUAUCUGGUUCAGUCCAAUUGGCUGGAUGACACUAUUAAUGCUGUGGUGUCUGGGCUCAACACGGCCGUGUACAUACGGGACUUAACACCUCGCGUCCCUUCUAGCAGCAGGCGUAAGACCGGGAGGCGCAGAAAGGUGAGAAGAAGGAAGACGUCUUCUGCUAAAACCGGUACAGGAGUCAAGAGGAGGAGACGGAAAGUGAGACGGACUAAAUCCAGAAGAAAGCUGAUGUUGAAUAAGGCAGCCACUCCUCGAAGCCGUAUUGCUAAUAAUCUCAAAAUUGCAAAGGACAAGAAGAGCUCCUCGCUUCCUACCGUGUAUCGGCCGUUAGAGCAAACGCUGAGCAGCAUGCGAGCCGACAUAGGUGCAGCAUCCCUCUCCAUCCAUGGAGAUCCAUUCGAGCUGGAUCCAUUUGUGGAGCGUAUUGAUUUGACCAGUGAGGAGGAAGAACAGCAAGCCCGCGUUACAUCGCUGCUGGAGGCCAAGAGACGAGGGAUCUCUCGCUCCGCUCUUCGCUCUCACCAGCCUGUAGCUCGACCGGUCACUGCAAGCCUGUCCAGGAGAGGUAUGAAUGUGCACCAAUCAGAGGGGGCUGUGGAGGCGGCUCCUGUGCCCGACCUCCUGGGCAGCAUCCUAUCGGGACAGAGUGUCCUCUUGAUGGACAGCUCUGAUGUCGUUAUUAACCGGGAUGGUUCCCUUAAAGCUAUAAAGCCAAUGAUGCCAUCUGCGUUGAAUCCAAGCUGCAGCAUAAGCAGUAGCUCAGGAGACGCCAGCACCCAGAUCAGCCCGGUGAUGUCACCGAACCAAGGAGACAGUUCUCCGUCUCUCCACCCCACCGGAGACCUACCAGGAUCCUCCCACAGGUCUAUGACCAGACCCCUCUCCCAGAGCUCCUCGCGUUUGCCCUGCUCAGCCAGCCACAUCCAUCCAUCCCCCCAUUCUGACUUACCGCCCAGAGGUCAUCCAAGGCUGCAGCCACCUGCUCCAGUCAGACCCACACCCCCUCCUGGUCACUGGAGAGCCAGUGGAGUGAGAGACCCCAGCCCCUCCUCGUCCACCCACCCCACGCUCGACUCCAGCUCCAAGAGCAAGGGAGGGGCCUCAUCGCAGUCCUGCUCUAAAAAGGCCCCUACAAAGCCCAUGUGGGUAGAUGUGUCGGUGCUUCCAAGGAUACCAAAAAUAAAAAGGGAGAGCGGUGGUAUCGCACAUGAUGUCACUGGUCAAGGUGGCAGCAGUGGCAGCAGUAGUAAUGGUCACCGCGUGCCAGAGACGGGCAUGAACAGCUUUGCUGGGGACAAGGGAAGGCAGCAAAGCGAAGACCAGAAAAAGGGCCGGGCUGACGGUCAGGCUCCGAGGCAAAGGCCUGACGGAGCCGGCUCGUCCUCAACCUUCUCCAACUCAUUCUCCUCUUCUUCGUCCCCUAUGGGCUCUUCUGCUAGCCAACCACGUUAUUCCCCGUCUUCCUCCUCUUCAUCGGCAGUGAGCUUCCGCAUCAACUCCAGUGGGAACUCCUGGCAGUCAAGGCAGCUGAGCAGCCCGUCGUCCUCCGCUGCUGGAGGCAGUAUGCAGACACCUCGGAGUAAAAAGGAAGACGAUGUAAAAAAGAGACAGCUGCACAGGGAUAAACAGAUGCUCCUGGCGUCGCGUAUGCUGGUCAGUAAGGAAGAAGACAGUAAUAGUAUCUAUGAUCCCUUUGAUCCCACUCUGUCUGAGUCUAGCAGCUCAGACGAUGAAGCUGAGAGCACAAGCCUGCGUGGUAGCUCCCGUCAUGCCACACUUGAGGGGAAGCCUCCUAGUUUAGGCAACAAAAAGGGUCUUUUAAAAAGCCAGCAGGACCUGGUUACUGUGAAAGCUGAAACUCAGGAGAUUGAGGUCUCAGAGGAAGAACCAAGGAGAGAUGGCGCUCAGGAAACCACAUCACAGAAGGUCAGAUGCUCAGAGGAAACGGUCAAGGUAAAAAAAGAAUCUAGAUUAAUAGACACCAACACUGAGAAACAAACCUCAUUAUUUGCCACUUGCCAAGUUAAGAACGAGCCAGGGUUAGUUAAAACGGGGGAAGACGAACGGUUUGGUCACUGCUUUAAAAGUGUGAAGUCAGAGAAAGCAGAUGACACACCAGCUGUUCAACACAAUCUGGAUCGUUUAAAAACGAAGAGAGAGACUCUAGAGGAGGAGAGUGGACGGAGUGUUGAAACUAGCAACAGUGCUCCCCCUGACUGUAAGAACAAUUCAUCAGCAUCUAGCUCCACCCCCACCAACAAGAGGCAAAAGCCGGAAACUAAAUCGGAUUCCAAAUCCUCUCCUGCGUCAAAAGAUUUGGGCCUUAAGAAGAAGACCUCCCAGGCUUCAAAGGAGAAAUGCUGUAGCAGUUCAGAGAUGGACAGAGACAGGAGAGGAGAGCAUCGUGCCUCAGGCCAGGGAGGCCGACAGAAGGAGAAGGACAGAGGGAGGAGCUCAAGGCAGUCGAGCUCCAGAGAGAGGACGAGGAGGCCACAGUCCACUUCAGAAAGCUCUCAGUGCAAUUCCCCAGAUAAGACUCGCGGAAAGAGACAGCGGUCCCGGUCCAAACACGGGAGGCGAUCUAGGUCUGGUUCCAGCUCUAGCAGCAAAGAGCGUUCAACGAGGAAGAAGCCGAAGCGAAGGAGCAAGGAGAGACGUGACGGCAGAGAGAGAGACUGCGAUAGAAGACGGGUGUCAACGGACAAGAGACAUGGCCGCUCUCGUUCAAACUCCCGAUCCAGAUCCAGGGAAAGGAGGAAAGACAACACACAACUGCAACAACCGUCUCUCUCCUCCAGAGAUGAGGCGGAGUCCCGGUCAAAGGACAAGAGGAGACACGGGUCUAGAUCCAGCUCAAGAGAGAAAAGGAAAGAAGAGUCAUCGAAGAGUUUUCAGAAGACUUCAGGGUCCUGUGUUUCGUCCUCUAAAGACACAAAACUGUUGCAGGGCAAGAAAAAAGAGAAGGAUAUCGGUCGAAGCUCCCUGAAAGAGGACAAAGCUGCCACGGUGAAUAAACAGAAGAUUGCCUCCUCUGAACUUAGAAAGAAAGGCAAAGACCUCAUGGCAGACAGCCAGGCCCCACCAGCAGAAAUGGUGAAAGAGAUGAAGAUUGAAAAAGAAGUGAAGAAAGAAAACCAACCAUCUCUUGAUAUGUUUGAAGAUUCUCUUUCUCUUACGAAACAAAUUAAGAAAGAAGAAACUGACAUUUAUUCUUCAAUGGAAGCCAAAAGCAUAGAUGAGGAGGGAAACGAAGACCACCCCAUCAAGACCGAGACGUUUGAAAUCAAGACAGAGACGUUUGAAAUCCCCAAUAUUAAAUCCGAGCCAAGUUCCCCAGAGUUAUGCCACUUUAACUCUAAUACCUCAUUUUCUACACCCGGUACAGCAUACAGUCUCCAGGAUUCAGCCUCUCAGUCUCACCCAGAGUUAAUGCCCUCCAGAGAACCACCGGACACCUUCGGGUCGACUGUCCCCGUAAAGCAGGAAGUUCAGCAACCCUCCGACUCCGAUGACGACUUUAAUGUCGACGUAAUGCUGGACAACCUGGACUACGUGAAGUCUGAGCGCACAGAGGGAAGCGGUGCAUCCGUCAAACAAGAGACGGCGGCAGAAGAAGAAGAGGAGAAGAACGAACGGGUAUCGACUGUAGUGGGAGCCAAAUCCAAGACUCAAGUCAAGAGGGUUACCUGGAAUAUACAGGAGCCUGAGGGGCCUCAACCAAAGAAAUCCGCAAGCAAGCUUUCUCUGUAUAAGUUGAAGCUGAAGCAGGAAGGAGCUCGCAGACCAUCUUCAACAGUCCAGACAUCCGGUCAGGAAAUCACCGGAGCCGUCAGUCACCCCUCCAAGAGGGCUGCUGCUGGUCCGCUCACUUCCUCCUCGACAUCUGAAGGGGAACAAGGAGAGGAAGGGGAUGUGGCGAGGAAAGACCAGUAUUUGAAGAAGCUGCACAUGCAGGAGAGAGCCAUAGAAGAGGUGAAGCUUGCCAUCAAGCCUUUCUACCAAAGGAGAGACAUCGACAAGGACGAAUACAAAGAGAUUCUACGCAAAGCCGUCCAGAAGGUGUGCCACAGCAAGAGUGGGGAGAUCAACCCAGUGAAGGUGGGCAAUCUGGUCAAGGCAUACGUGGACAAAUACAAACAUGCUAGGAAACACAAGAGAGGAGAGGACUUAGGACAGGAGGCUGAGGGAACCUCUGACAGCCCAUGAGGAGGCAAACAUUAAUGGCAAGGACAGCUACAGCCACUGCUAACACGUAUCCAUAUGGUUUACUUCCAAACGGUUGACUAACAUUUGCUCAAAGCUUCGAGAUGGAACAUUUUCUGUAAUGUCGAGCUUUCCAUCUUAACUGAAGUUUGAGGACAAACCUUCUUUUUGUUGACCGCCACUGCCAAGAACUGGUCUCCUUGUGUCGUACAGCUUUACACACUUAAUGGGAGACCUUUGAGGUUGUGCCUUAAAGAGGCAAACCUCAAAGCCCCUCCCAUGGAGUGAUAAAUCAGGUAGCUCUGUCCACUGGGAGGAUGCAGCGUGGCCUUUCACCUUCAUGUGGCUGUUAUUUUGUUUUGUUUUGUUGUGGGAGUGAAGGGGUAUUUAUCAGUAGCAAGACUUUUUUUGUUUGUUAAGAAGAGGUAUUAAAAAUAUGCAAAGUAUGCAUAUUUAAGACGUUCGACUCGUUAAGGAACAGCACUGUUAUGCAAUUUUUGUAGAACAUUUAUCAGUAGAAUAAUUGAACAAUUUUAGAUUUGGUUGUAAAUAAUAUAGAUUUGAUAUAUCCACUUAUGUUCCUUUCAUCUGUGUUCUGACAGUCUGCCUGCUGCGAAUGACAUAAAUGAUUUGUGGAGAAGUUUAUGGAGUUGGUUGGCUUGUGUUUUGUAUUUUAAAGCCUCCGUUAUCCGUCUUUCACAUUUCUGAUGUCCUGGCUAUUGAGCUAAAUGUGGUCCAGCAUACUGCAGGCCGAUACUGCUCAGCAGUGUGAAGUGACAGCCUCCUCUUCCUAUGUUCAAAACAAACCUUUCAAUCUCAUCGUUAUCUGUUUUUUUCAGCACAUUACUCAAAUGUAGAAAAACCAGGUUUUGGAGAACCAAGAAUAUCUUGUUUUUGUAAGAGAUAAAUACAUAAUGACAAUAAUAAUAAUGCAACAUUUCCUUCAAAUAGAUUCAAUUUGUUUCUGGGCAUUCUGUAUUUAAACAAUGGAGACUACAGCUCUAAAAUACAGUAGCUAGUAUGCAUUUUAUUUUGGAGUGAAGAGGGGAAUAAUACCGACUUCCUGUCUCAACGGAGUUGCAGUCCCGAUUAUCUUGCAAAAAUGUUAAUGUACAUAUUGUGUCACUGUCUUACCUGGUGCUCUCAUGUACACAAACAAAUUCAGUUUUUUUAUUUUGUAUUUAAUGUAUAUUAAUAAGUAUUAAGCUAAUUUUAAUAGCACAAUAUCCUGGUUUUGUGAGCUCAACAUAUAGUCUAAAUAGCAUAAAAACAAUGGAACAUCUCACUUCUUGCAGCAUUUUCCAUGGUCGACAUGAUGGAAAUAAACACACCCCCUUUAGUCGGGAAUCUUUUGGGUGUUCACCUGCAGUACUUAAUCACAGCCUAAUUAUGACUGCGUUUCCUGUGUCUUAAAGCGAACUCUUGGCUAUCUGCUUUACUGCAUCGCUUUCUUUAACACAAAUGUUCAGGAGAAACCAUUUUGCUGUCUAUAGUAGUUUGUUUGCCAACUGUAACGACGGAUUAGGUCGGUGGUUGGACUUCCCUUGUGCUUUGUUGUUACGUUUAAUCCGACUUCAUAAAGAGUAGUAGGAAACUACAAAAACAGGUGCUCAUGUUUAUCUGAAUGUAUUUUACUUUUUCAUUUGACCAGACAGGCCCGGUGUUUCUAAGAGGGGAAACAAAUGAUAAUAAAUCACUGAUGAUAAACGGGGUUUCGUCUCAGUUUAAUACAUUUACUCAUAUUCUGUCCUUGUGUCAUGUUUUGGUUUAAAGGAUUUGGGGAAUGAAGAUAAACUAUGAGAUGUUUAGUGAUGCCUGUAAUCUCCUAAUUGUUCCCCAUAGACUGAAAACAGUCAACUUUCAUCAUUUGGUUUUUCUUUCAAAGUGUGUGUGUGUGUGUGUGUGUG